AUGCCGCCGGCUACCCAGCAAGCCCCACCCCUGCCUACUGAAAACGAAGUGGCAGAGUACCUGCUUCUGCUGGGGGAAACCGCCGGCCCCGAGGGCGAGAGCGCGCACCCGGAGGACUUUGAUCUGGAGGAGAAACAUAAUCCAGUUCCAGAUGGAUCUACCGCAGAGGUGGCCAUGGAUGGGGAGGAGGAUUCUUCUGACAAGACUCUGGUGGUGACUACUGGCCUGAUAGAGUCCAGUGCUCAUGAAGCGCAAGAUAUGGAAGAAGAUGCUGAUGUGCUAGACAAUGAAGAAGGUGAUGAGCCACUAGAGGAGUUCUUUUACGAGCCAGUGAAAAUCACGGAAGGAGUGCGGCGGUGUAACCGGAGUAAUGGCAAAGGGUGGUUUUGCCGCAAGCUUGCACACCCCGGCUAUGCUAUGUGCUGGGAUCAUGUCAUGAACCGCCGUAAAUACUUACAAAAGAGAUUAUAUCCAAAUGAGCUGCAAGCAAGCACUGGCAGGUCUGAAGCUGUAGACUGGGAGGAGACAUCCGACCCUUCUUCGCCAGAGGCACUUUCGAGCUCGCCUACUGUUCCAGAAGAUGAUGUGAAGCCCGCUUAA